AUGUCAGACGUCGUGUCACUGGCGUCGUGUUUCGCUGUCGCGAUGAGCUGUGGAACAUUAUACGUAUAUUCGGCGUAUGCACCACAGCUCAGCGAUCGCCUGGGACUCACCGCUACACAGCUUUCGAACAUUGGCAUGGUAGGGAACCUCGCCAUGUCUGGCACGGGACCUUUGGCUGGCAUGGUCACCGACCGCUACGGCUAUACUGCCCCGAUCGCAACAAGUGGCAUCGCUACUUUUGCGGGAUAUUAUACUGUGCGUACAGUAUACGCAAACUCCAUACCUAGUCCAGCAAUUCUGGCGCUGGCGCUAUUCUUAGUUGGAGUAGGCUCGACGUUUGCAUUUUCUGCUUCAGUCAAGUGUGCGGCGGUAAAAUUUCCGGGUAAUCGUGGAUUCGCAACAGCAAUGCCAAUGGCCGGCUACGGUCUUGCCGCAUUUAUGAUCUCCAGCAUUGCAAAUUGGGCAGUGCCUGGCGAUCCGUUGGGCUUUUUGUCGCUGCUGUGUUUUGUCCCAGCCGCUCUGAUCGUGAUAUUUGGUCCAGUGGUCGUGUACUCAGAACCAAAGCAGCAGACACGCCCCAAGGAGUAUGAUGAUGAUUAUAUUGGUUUGGUUAACCUCGAUAACGCCUCAAGGCCCGUACCAUCAACCACGCCAGCCAGAUUGAAACGCGAAAUCUACGGGACCGCUCUUCUACGAUCUCCGCUUUUCUAUGGCUAUUCAUUGCUGCUAGGACUUCUUGCUGCUAUGGGACAAGCCUAUAUUUAUAACUGCGGAUACAUUGUCAAGGCCCUUGCAUUCAAUGAAGUCGAACACGAAUGGCAAGCUAAGCAAGUAGCUAUUUUGUCUGCGGCCAACUUCAGCGGACGCGUACUCGCCGGUGUAGUAUCCGACAUCUUCAGAAUCCACUUGAGAAAAUCGCGUACCUAUACGAUUAUUUUCUCUGUCGCACUGUGUUUUGCUGCUCAAAUAGCUUGCAUGAACGUGCAGAGCGUCCAGUCCCUUUGGAUUCCUUCCGCUCUGUCUGGACUGUUUUAUGGCUACUGCUACGGCGGGUUCCCUGGCGUGGUUGGCGACGCGUUCGGAGUCUCUCAUUUCUCUGCAAACUGGGGCAUUGUGGCUCUUUCACCUGUACCUAUUUCCUAUUUUCUGUCAACCCGUCUUGGUCAUACCUACGACUCCCACGCUCACGAUGGCCUCUGCCUAGGCACUCAAUGCUUCAAGGACGCUUUCCAGCUGCAUGCGUAUCUCGCUUGCGCAGCUCUGAUCUUGACUCUUUUCAUCAUUCGGCGUCUGGAGCGCUGA